CAGCUUUAGGUGUUGUUUAUGCUCACACCCAGAAAAUGUAUAAUCAACGUUUUGCAUUUAGGACAUUCGACUAUUUGGGAUCUUAUGGAGUAAUAAUGUUUUUUGUGCUUUCCGCUUUUUUACUUACUCUUCGAAUGUUAUUGGAUUGGGAACGGUAUCACGAAAAGAGAGAAGAGAAAAAAAAUUCAAAUUCAGUUGUUGUAAAUAAAAUUGAUCACCUUGAAUGUGGUGAGGACCUCGAAAAAAACUUAUCAAACGUUCCACUCUUAUCAUCGACGGAUUCUGAUAGCAAUAUUGAAAUAUCCUCAAUAGAAGAAAAAAAACCUGAUAAUUUUUUCUAUUAUAUUCGAAAAAAAAUAUUAAAUUAUCAAAUACCAAUAAAAUUUUGGCUAAAGUUCUUUCUUCGUCGAUUUAUGCGUGUAUAUCCACCGUAUGCGAUUCUUUUACUGUUUAUUGCAUAUAAUGACUUCAUAAGAAGUGCAUAUAAAAAUUUUAUGGAUUCAUCGACUUUAAUUCCGCAUCUGCUUUUUCUAGCAGAUAAAUAUCUGAUUUUUUGGACUAUUCCUAUAGAGUUAACGUACUAUUUAUGUAUACCAAUAAUUGUCAUUGGAUAUGUGGAGCUUGCUCGUUUUGGUGCUUUCCUUACGAACUAUUACUUUAAGAAACCCGCAAUUGGAGCUUGGUUAUGUCGAAUACUUGCUAAUGUUAUUAUUGUGAUUAAACGUACAGAAUUAUUAAUAGCACACAGUGAAGACCGCAAAAAAUUUCACAAAAGCAGUUUUUCGGAUACUUUUCAUAUUUUUUUAGUUGGAUCAAUAUGUGCAAUUUGGUAUAGAGAAAUAAUUCGUCUUGGAUUGUUGCCAUUGAGCUUAGAAGAAGAGAAUUCUCUGGACGAUAAAUCAAAUGAUUGUAAUAUAUCUACACUUAAAAGAUCGAGAUUUAUUAAAUUAAUUAUUAACAAACUACCGAGUCGACAUCAGUUUGCAAGAUGUUUUUUUGACUUUGGAUGUUAUUUCUUACUUCUCUUGAAGUUAUGUACAUUACCUCAUAUAGCUGAAAAAGUUUUUGGUUUACGUCGCACCCGUCAAAUGAUUUUAGAAAGAAAACUUGGUGGUUCGCUCGACGCAAUGCUAAUUUUAUUUGGCCUACUUUCACGAAAUGGCUCGUUUGUAAAGGCAUUAUCUUGUAAUUUUUUACGUUUUUGUGGAAAAAUUUCAUUUAGCAUAUAUUUAUUACAUCCAAUUGCAAUGACGUUUGUGAAUAAAUAUGUGACUUCUAUUGGACUUAAAGCUGCGAAAAAAGAAAAAAGUGCAGAAGAGAAAGCUAAUGUGAUAUUGGAUGCAGUAAUGUUGUCAUUUGCGACAACACUUAUUUUAGCAUGGAUCUAUUUUAAAUGUGUUGAAAGACCUUUUAUGAAUUUAGCUAACUAUAUUGCGAAGAGAUGGUUAGGUGAG